AUGGAUAUUAAUCAUACGACCGGCAAUAAAAUGCCGAGUCAAGAACAUUUAAAUUUUAUAAAUAAAUUAAAUGAUUCAAAAAUUCCACGACAAAAUCAAUUAAUUGCUAAUCGUUUAUUUAUGAAAAAUUUUCCUCGUGAAACAACUAGUGCUGAAAUUGAACAUUGUUUUCAAACAUUUGGUCCUGUACAUGAUGUUAAAAUAAUUGCAAAAGAAAAUACACAUUUUGCAUUUAUUUCAUUUGUUAAUGAUAAUACUGCAUUAGAUGUAUUAAGGCAACAUGCUAUUGUACCAAUUACAUUUCAAAAUCAUUCAAUUAUAUUAGCACCAGCUUAUAAAAAAAAUAGUAUUACAUCAUUAACAAGUCCUUCAUCUUAUUAUCCUACGAAUGGUUCAACUAUGACACCACCACCUACACCUUCACGAAUAGGAAUUAAUGGAAUAUCAACACCAUUUCAUCAACAACAACAACAGCCAAUAUCAACUUCACAAACUGUCUAUCCACCUUUAUUUUUUCCUGUUCAAACUAAUAUGCCAUUUCUUCCUAUGACUGGUACUUAUUUAGUACCACAAACUGCAUCAUUACCACCACAGCAAUUAUCAUCAUCUUUCUAUCCAACAUUUUAUACACAUGGUACUAGUCAUCAAACAGGUGGACAAUUAAUUAAUGGAGCUUAUGUUCAAUCUCCAUAUAUGUAUUCAAUGAGUCUACCAACUAUUCCAGGACAAUAUCAAGUAACAACAUCAACAAAUGAUAUAUCUAUGACAAGCGAAUAUUGA